AUUAGUUUGACAUUUACACGCAAAGUGGUCGGUUGUGUUUACAAGAGAAUUUUACGCAGAAAUCGAAAAGUAGUAAUGAACGGGGGAAUUAGUUUUUAUGAAUGAAUAACUUUUCUACAAUUGCAUUCUAAUAAGAAAUAUAAAUACUAGCCUUUAAAUAGGAAAAUGUUUUUUUAAUAAGAAAAUAAUAUAAAAACUACAGUAGUUUGGAAAGAUUUGACAAAUUUCUUAAGUGAAUUUAGUUUAAUUUUUUAUUUCGUAGUUUUUACAAGAAAAUAGGCAAAACAAAAAAAAAAAAAAACGAAACACGCAAACAAACAACAACAAAAAAAAGCAAAUAAAUAAUACAAAAAGAAAUUCCUUUACAUUAUUAGAUUAACAAAAUUUAAAAUAAACUUAAACGAAAAAAAUUUAUGAGUGCCUAUGAGGAAACAGAUUCAGCGACAGUUUCGCUUUUGACAGGACACCAGGUGGUGGUGGUGGAAGGCAGCAGUAACGAUAUUAGCAGUGGCAAAAACUUGGCAGUUAGCAGUAAGUUAGUGACAGCAGGAGCUAGGUCGGCCAGAUCCCAACAACGCAGUGGCUUGAUAACAAAACGUCGUAAGAUGUCGCGUAGAGCAAAUCUUAUAGGCAUUUGUGGCGUUAGUGGCUUGUGCAUUCUGUUGCUGAUAGCCACCACCCAACACAGACCACUGCCCGCUUCGUUAGCCUCGUCGGGCGGUAUGGUGGGUAGUGGUGGCUUGGGAGGCGGUAGUGUUAACAUGGCAGUUGGGGGUGCUGCUAACACUGCUUCCGGUGGCUAUUCCUCUGCAGGCAAUGGUCUUGGUUCUGGCUCCGCUUUUGCCGGAGAACGUUUCGGUCAUGCCGUGCCUCAGCAGACAGCAGUAAUGUACAAUAUGACGGCCACUAUUAACGAUGUGAUUGCCCAGCAACGUGCCAAAGUGGCCAGUGAAAUGGAGAAUUUUGAAUACCCGGCCGGACGUUUUGGUGUCGAAGCUGAAAAGCUAUCCGAUUUAACACCUGAAACUGAAGGAACUCCCGUGCGUAGUAUAGUGGUGACGACCUGGCGUUCAGGUUCUACUUUCUUGGGUGACAUUUUAAAUGCCAUGCCGGGGAAUUUCUAUCAUUAUGAACCUUUACUGGACUUUGGCAUUAAACAGAUACGCGAUCCCGAUGAUGAAGAGCAGGCCAUUAAGAAUAUAAAAAAUUUACUCUACUGUGAUUAUCACAACGACAUGGAUGACUACUUAAACUUUGGCAAAAGUCAUACGUACUUAUUCGAACACAAUGAACGUUUAUGGACGGUGUGCAAGGAGUUUCCUCACUACUGUUGGCGUCCCAAGUUUUUGACACCCUUCUGUAAGCUGUUCCCGUUGCAGAGUAUGAAAACGGUGCGUUUACGUUUAAGUACGGCAGAGGCAUUGUUGGAGGAUAAAAGCUUAAAUGUCCACAUUAUCUUAUUGGUGCGUGAUCCACGCGGAACCAUGCAAUCUCGUCGCCAUCGUACUUGGUGUGGUGGUAAUCCAGACUGUGAAGAUCCUCAAAUGUUAUGUGAGGAUUUAGUGGCUGAUUAUAAACCGCUGAGAUUUUACUAAAGAAAUAUCCUGCAAGAUUUAGAACUUUAAGAUACGAAGAUUUAUCCUUGGAUCCAUAUGAUAUGGCCCAAGAGGUAUUACAAUUUUAUGGUUUACCAUUCGAUCCAUUGGUCGAAGAAUUCUUAGAUACUCAUACCAAAGUGAAUAUUGGUGGUGUUAGUUCAACAUAUCGUGAUUCGAAAUCAGCACCGUUUCAUUGGAAACAAGAUUUAAAACCAGAAGAU